AUGUUGGAAGUUGAUCUUGUCUGGUCAUACCUGACGGUGUACCUAGAUGUUGAUAAUCCCAAGAUGAUGUUCAUCACCGGGUGUGUCGGAUUGGCCCUGAAUCUCAUUAGUGCAGUCUUCCUUCACGAACAUGGACAUGGACAAGAACACGGGCAUAACCAGCGUCUAUCACCCACAGUUGAGAUCCCGAUUCUGCACCUUGACGAAGAAGAUUAUGAUUCUAGCACCCAACAUCACGAUCACAAGCAUCUUCAUUUCGAAAAACAUCACUGCGCAGAUUCAGGCAGCCAUAGCCAUGGUCAUGGUGGCCACGACCACGGUGAUCUAGGCAUGAUGGGAGUGAUGAUCCACAUUAUCGGCGAUGCAAUCAAUAAUCUGGGCGUCAUGGCAGCGGGUCUCACUAUCUGGCUCGCUACACCCCAUGCUGGCCGAUUCUAUGCUGAUCCCGGCGUGAGCAUGUUUAUUGCCAUCCUCAUCAUUCUGUCGUCGUUCCCUCUGAUGCGCCAAGCUGGGAUCAUCCUGCUAGAGAGCGUGCCCACUGGAGUUGACAUGUGUGAUGUCCAACACGACCUAGAAAUGAUCAAGGGUGUCAAUUCAAUCCACGAACUUCACAUCUGGCGCCUCACCCAACUAAAGACCCUCGCCUCGGUGCACGUCGUCGUUUCUGAGGACUCAGUCGGGGACUUUAUGAAGACAGCGCGUGUGAUUCAUGAGUGUUUCCACGCCUAUGGAAUCCACUCCAUUACACUGCAGCCCGAGUUGGAGGAUGUUGAUGAGGUGCCGCAUGAAUAUCCCCGGUGCCAGGUUAUCUGCGGGACAGAGUGUGCGUCGUUGACUGGUGGAUAA